UGCCAGACUAAAUUUAAUUUAAUCCUGGCCACAAUAUCCUUAGUAGAUAGACUUGAAAAUGUUCGACAAAGUAUUUCAAAGAUCUGAUUGCCUAUUAAAUAGGCGUAAUCGUUAUGUUUUUCUAAUCACCCUGUUGACUGAUUUGAUAGCAAUAAGCCAUGGCAUAUCUAUUGGUUGGUUCUCACCAACUUUACGUAAAUUGCAAUCACCAGACUCUCCAGUUAAUUUUGAAUUAACUUUAAACGAAAUCUCUUGGGUUGGCUCUUUGGUGGCUAUGGGUUCUGGCAUAACUAACAUUAUAUUUGGCCUCUUACUGGAUCGUUUGGGUAACCGAGUGUGUCUACUUCUGUUGGCAUUCCCAAAUAUGUGUGGCUGGCUACUGAUCUACUACGCCCAAAGUGUAGAAUUUCUAUAUGCCGCACGAUUGUUGACUGGCUUUAGCAGCGGAGGCAUGUACAUUGUAAAUCCCAUUUUUAUCAGUGAAAUUUCAAAUGCCAAGAUUCGCGGCUCUCUGUCUUCUAUGAUGAUGCUAUUUAUGAAUACUGGAAUUUUAAUCGGUUAUAUCCUAAGCUCACACAUUCCAUACCACAUAAUGCCAUGGAUAGCCAUUAUUUGUCCUGCAACUUACUUCCUUUCCAUGGUCUUUUUUGUACGAGAAUCUCCCAUGUAUCUGAUACGUAAGGGUAAAUUGAAAGAGGCUGAGGAAUCAUAUUGUUAUUACAACAAUAUCAGAAAUAAUAACAAAAACAUCAGUGAUAUGGCGGAAUUUGAGACAAUGCGCAUUGCUCUGACUAAGAGUAAUGAAAAGGAAGAAGCCGUGACAUGGAAGGACUUUGUCACUCCUGCUGCCCUUAAGGCCUAUGCCAUAGCCACGGCUUUGGUGAUAACUAAUCAAUUUAGUUGCAUUUUCCCAUUGAUCAACUUUAUGUCGACCAUAUUUGCACAAUCGGGCAGCCAAAUGAAUCCCGAUACCUGUACAAUUAUAGUUGGUGCCGUCCAAUUGCUGGGAACCUACGGCACGACCCUGCUCUGUGAUAUUUGUGGACGCAAACUGCUCCUGUUGGUGUCCACAGCGGGUGUGGCCAUUAGUUUGACAGCUUUUGGCCUGUUCACACAUUUUGCCCAGAUCUAUGAUCUAAGCGAAUGGAGCUGGCUGCCCUUGGUAUUCAUGUCAUCGUACAUAUUCCUGGGUAAUAUAGGUUUAAUAGGUUGUUUCGUUGUGUGCCUGGUGGAACUGUUUCCCUACAAGAUACGUUCCAAAGCCACAUCGGCUUUUAUAGUGUCCUGCAGUUUGAUUGCCACAUUCUUGCUAUGGGUAUUCCCACUUUGCAUGGAGCAUUGGGGCAUAGAUGUUACCAUGUGGUCAAUUGCUGGUAUAACCGGAUGUGGUUUCUGUUUCCUCUUUGUUUUUCUCAAAGAAACAAAGGGUAAAUCCAUGCUAGAUGAUUAGUUUUAGUAUUAAGUACUUGGUUUGUAUUUUUCUCAGUGUAACAAAAAACAUUCAC